CUGUUCCCGAGAGAGAGAGAGAGAGAGAGAGAGGAAAACCUAGAACUCUGAAAGAAGCGGGGCAGGAGAAGGCGGCGAGAGGCGGCGGGGUUCGAUGUCGAUCCUGUGGGAGAAGAGCCGGGCGUGGCGGUGGCUGGUGGGGCGGACGCGGGACUCCAAGCCCUUCUUCUUCACCUUCGCGGCGCUCUGCGGCGUCGUCCCCGGCGUCGUCGGCUACGGCGUCAUGCAGCUCACCAGCUCCCGCAACGACAAACUCGAGGCCCACCUCCGCUCCAACGCCCGACCGGAGACCACGAUGAUGGGGCAAGUCAACAGGGAGAGACUGGCAGAGUUUCUCGGAGAGAUACAAAGGAAGGAGAACACAAAUGACAGAUACGUUGCUGCUCUUAAAGGCGAGACGCUGACAAGGAAGCGCUAUGAACGUAUCCAGCCCGUCCCCCAGCAGGCUGCACAGGAGAAUGCGAAGGACCAGCAAGCUACCAAGGAGAGCGCCAAGGCAAAGUGAAUGGCGCAUGUUUGAUGAUCGGGGUGGGUGAAACGUGCUUCUACUAAAUGAAUAUAAAUGGGCUGUAGCUCCAAAAGCUUCAUGAAUUGCGAACCUUUUUUUGUGAGCAUCAUUAUCUACUCGCCUUUCGUUUAGUCGUGGCACUGCUCCAUAGAGAAAAACAGAGAAACUUUGGUGACGGUGUUGAAUCUUGUAAAUGGUUUACCUGCGUGUUAGUGGUAAUAUUCUAGGAACCUUCACACUGUUCUUUUGAUAUCCUGGUGCGUAGUUGCGUCAAUUAUUUAUUUCACUUUGUGAAAUAUCCUGCCUUACUCUUUGUUCUUGAUUAAAUAAUAAAACUUUGAUGCUGGUGUUAAAUCUUUA